GCUAGCCAGUGGUGAUACCGAAAGCGAAGUGUGCUGUUAUCAAAGUUCUCUUUUUAGAGACGACGUUUCAGAAUCGACAUGCGUUUUCCGCUGUGAAAGUAAUGCACACUCAUCGCGUAUGCUAAGGAAGUAUCGGCGUGGCAUUCUUUUCGCAAGAUAUCGAUUCAUAAUGACAAGUUUAGGACUCCUGCUUUUGUUAGCCUGCAUUGUUUCUGCUGAAGAGACCAUUGAAGAAGAAAAAUACGGGGUAAAAUACGCCGAUGAAUGCGAAGUAUGCAAGUACUUAACUGUAGAACUGCUGGAGAUGUUAAAGGAGACUGGUAAAACGCACGAUGUCAUUGAGACUGGCUACUCGUUGGACAGCAAGGACAGGAAGGUGAAGAAAUAUGCCGUCUCGGAGCUGCGGUUGUUAGAAUCGUUGGAAGGCAUCUGUGAUCGUCUGCUCGAAUAUAACAUCCACAAGGAGCGCAAGGACAGUACACGCUUUGCAAAAGGCACCAGUACCACGUUCAAAGUUCUCAAUGAGCUUGUUGCAAAAGGAGUGAAGGUCGACCUGGGAAUUCCCCAAGAGCUGUGGGACAAACCUUCUGCUGAGGUGACUAACCUCAAGACACAAUGCGAGUCACUUCUGGAGAAGCACGAGUCUGACAUUGAGAAUUGGUACUUCCACCAUCAAGAUAAACCUCUUGGCCAAUACCUCUGUGUCGAGAGGGCUUUGAAGAAAGGCGACGACGGAUGUCUGGAUCACUACAUACCUGAAGGGGAGGAACCAGAGAAUGUGGAACAUCUCGGAAGCCCCAAGGAAGAGCUGUGACGAUGAGCUGUUGAAGCCAGCAGAGUGCAUGUUUUCUCAUCAUUCAUCAACAUCAUCAUUCUCAUUGUCGUGACAUCUGCUUCAUUCCAAUGUUAGCUCAUCGCUGCUUCAGUCACCCAUAUCAUUUACAUCACAGAGAUUUUACAAGCGCAGGAAAGAAACAUGGUUCCCACUCGUCCUUGAAACCCUCGAAUAACACGGAAUUUGAAAAUGCCAUUUUCAGGGUCUGGAAAACCCUGGAAUUUUCCCACAGCCCUU